GGCAAAUGAAAAGAUAUGUGAAUAAAUUAGAGGAUACAGAUAGGGAUAGGGACAUAUCGGCAAGGAGAAAGGCUAAUAGAUUAGACAAGAAUGGUUAGAGACGUGAUUAGAAAGGAAAACGUGAAGAGAUACGUGCACGUACCAGUAAAGCCAAAGAACAGUGCUUCCAACUUUGUGUCACAGAACCUUCCAAUGGCAGCGAUGUUCCUCAAGAACAAGGCGCUCUCAUGGGCCUGUUUGUUCAUAGCAGUGCAGACGUACCUCAACGAACCAUACAUCAAGGACCCAUCGGAUGAUUCCUCGAGCGGGAUCUUCAAGAUUCUUUUUGCGUUCGUUGCUCUCGGCACGUCUUACCUCGACUUGGUGUUCCCCACCAUGGGAGGCUUCAUGGGACCCAACGCUGCAGCAACCGCCACGGAGGCGGCAACCGAGGCUGCUGUUUCCGCUGCGGCGACCGCUUCUGCUUGAGCUGUUUUGGCCCAUCUGAAGUUACAUGCAACGUAAAUCUCAGCUGUAUACUAUCUAUCUAGAAAAUCUAUUCGUACGA